AUGAGAAAGGUGAACAAUGACAGCAUGUCCCCGCCGCGAGCGAUGACCCUGCUGGGCGCCGGGGGUCGCGAGCCUUCGGCGGGGCCCGCCCGGCACCACGCGCCCCUCUACCCGCCCUCGACAUGUUUUAUAAAGCAUUUCACGCUUAUUAGGCUAUAUCUACUAUUUCUACGGGUGAUAUCUUAUUUACGCGACGCCACUAUACCGCGGGAGGGCGUGAACUUUAAUUUUCCAAAGCGUCCGCUAGUCAAAUUAAAAGCGAAUUUGUUCCCAUUUCGAACUAGUACAUUGUUUUGCGAUAUUAAUACGUUGUUAGUGAAUGCUAUAGUGCAAUUAUUCAUUGUUGCCAAGUGUAUAGUGUGCGUGUCGCGUGUUCGGGGCGGUCAAAUAGUCUUGCUACUCUUACUGAGUGGACAACUUAGAUACAGUGAAGGGAGACGUGAUAACGACUUGCAUAUUGGUGGGAUAUUCCCCAUGGAAGGAGAGGGAGGUUGGCAAGGAGGGCAAGCUUGCAAGCCGGCUGCUGAGCUAGCUCUCGCUGAUGUAAAUGCUAGAUCGGAUCUCUUAUCGGGAUUCAAAUUACUUCUUCACAGCAAUGACAGCAAGUGUGAACCUGGACUUGGUGCAAGUGUCAUGUACAACUUGCUAUACAAUCCGCCACAAAAGUUGUUGUUACUGGCAGGCUGCUCGACCGUGUGUACAACUGUUGCGGAAGCAGCCAAAAUGUGGAACCUCAUGGUCCUAUGUUAUGGAGCUUCGUCACCAGCGCUGUCAGACCGAGCGCGGUUCCCGACCUUGUUCCGCACACACCCAUCUGCCACAGUACACAACCCUACAAGAAUAAAACUGAUGCAAAAGUUUGGCUGGUCUCGCAUCGCAAUCUUGCAACAAGCAGAGGAAGUGUUUAUAUCGACUGUGGAAGAUUUAGAAGCCCACUGUAAGAAAUCUGGCAUAGAAAUAGUAACACGGCAGUCGUUUCUAUCAGACCCUAGUGAUGCUGUAAGAAAUUUAAGAAGGCAGGAUGCUAGGGUCAUUGUCGGCUUGUUCUAUGUGGUGGCGGCCAGGCGAGUGUUGUGCGAAGUAUACAAACAUAAGCUGUAUGGAAAAUCUUACGUUUGGUUUUUUAUUGGUUGGUACGAAGAUAAUUGGUUCGAGACGAACUUAGAGCGGGAGGGUUUGGAAUGUACGCCAGAACAAAUGCGAGAGGCGGCCGAGGGCCAUCUUACCACAGAAGCCCUGAUGUGGAAUCAGAACGCUAAUCAAACAACUAUAUCUGGCAUGACUUCAGAAGAUUUUCGAUCACGCUUGAACGAGGCACUCCGUGAAGCCGGCUAUAACAUCGACGGAGAAAGAUUUCCAGAGGGAUAUCAGGAGGCGCCUCUAGCCUACGACGCUGUUUGGGCCGUCGCUUUAGCUUUCAAUAAAACAAUGGAGAAAUUAGAAAAAAGCGGUUUGAGUUUAAAGAAUUUCACUUAUACAAAUAAGAAAAUCGCCGAUGACAUUUACGAAGCAAUAAACUCGACGUCGUUUCUUGGUGUAUCGGGUUUGGUGGCAUUUUCCUCGCAAGGAGAUCGAAUAGCCUUGACGCAGAUAGAGCAACUAAGCGACAACCACUACGUUAAACUAGGAUACUACGACACUCAAGCUGACAACCUGACAUGGCUCGAUAGGGAACGAUGGGUUGGUGGUAAAGUGCCGCCAGACCGCACAGUGGUGGUGAACGAACUGCGCACGGUGUCACUAUCCUUAUUCGCCUGCAUGACAGCACUUUGCAUAGCCGGCAUUCUUGCAGCCAUCGGUUUGAUCAUCUUCAACAUUUUACAUAGACACAGACGGGUAAUCCAAUGGUCACAUCCAGCUUGCAACACUGUGAUGCUGUGCGGCUGUUGCAUAUGCUUCGGCGCUGCAAUAGCUCUAGGAGUAGAUGGGAGAUGGGUGCAGCCUCAGCAUUUCCCCGGUCUUUGUGCUGCAAGGGCCUGGCUUCUCGCAACUGGCUUUUCAAUGGCAUAUGGCGCCAUGUUUACUAAAGUAUGGCGUGUACACAGACAUACAACGAAACCAAAACCGGAAACUAAGAAUCGUAUGCACGGUUGGAAGUUAUACACCAUGGUGGGCGGACUGCUAGUAUUGGAUGCUGCAUUGCUCACAGCGUGGCAGCUUCGAGAUCCUCUUCAGCGUCGCGUUGAGAUAUUCCCACUGGAAGCCCCUCGACAUCACGAUGACGAUGUCCAUAUUCGGCCUGAGUUGGAACAUUGUGAAAGCGAGCAUAAUACUGUUUGGUUAGGUGUAAUGUAUGGAUAUAAAGGACUCGUGUUAGUAUUCGGACUGUUCCUAGCCUACGAGACCCGUUCAGUGAAAGUACGGCAAAUCAAUGACUCGCGGUACGUAGGCAUGAGCAUCUACAACGUAGUGGUGCUCUGCCUCAUAACUGCUCCAGUAACAUUGGUUAUAGCGAGUCAGCAAGAUGCAGCCUUCGCAUUCGUCUCCCUAGCAAUUGUCUUCUGUUGCUUUCUCAGCAUGGCACUUAUUUUCGUUCCAAAGGUGAUAGAGGUUAUACGACACCCCACAGAGCGCGUUGAGAGCGGUCGGGGAUCGGGCUCCGGCUCCGCCCCCGCAGAUGAAGAGCGAUAUCGUGAAUUAGUAAAGGAAAAUGAGGAGUUGCAAAAACUUAUAGCACAGAAAGAAGAAAGAAUCCGGGUACUUAAACAAAAAUUGGCAGAAAAAGAAGCAGCGGCAGCGGAUGGAGUGACGCAAGAUGUUCAGGACGAACAGAUC